ACAAAACCACGCUGCCUUACAAAUUUUGAUCAAGAACUGCAUCAAAUUUGACUCCGACGACGUGAACAUCAACAUCCCGCCGUUGCCCAGAGAUCUAUCGAAGGAAGCUUCAAACCUGAGUGGAUCUAAUCAAUCGGGAGCAGAAUAUUCGGUGUGAUCGGAUGAAUUGAAGGUGUAUUAAAUCCUUGGGGUUGUUCUUGAAGGCGUUCUCGUGCUUGUAGUCAACUGUUCUAUACUCACCCCUACAUUGCCCACAUAAGUUGAGUUUAAUAACAACUUAAGUCAUCGUUGGUUGUCCCUGCUGUACUUCAUGGUUAUCUAUGCCCAAUCCCAGCUCUCAGGGCCCCACCUCCCUGCAUUAUCAUCCCCCCUUCCCUCUUCCCACUCUGUUAGUGAGGUUCGCCUCCCCCUAAUUUCUACCACUCCAAAACACCGCCAUCUUCGUGUUGUAUGCUCCAGCAGUGAUAAGAAGGGAGUACCCAAUUCCAACUAUGUUGUGCCGCUCAAUAAAUCAUUUUCCGCAGCUAACUCAUCCUGCAUCACCCGACCCCUUGCCGAGAUCCUCCGGGAUCUAAACAAGAGAAUCCCCGAUAACAUCGCCCAGAAAGUUCCUGAAUCCGCUACUUUCAUCCCUUGGUUUCAUGCCAAUAGAAUGCUGAGUUUCUACGCCCCUGGAUGGUGUGGAGAAAUACGAGACGUUAUAUUCUCCGACAAUGGAAGCGUGACUGUGGUGUAUCGUGUGACUGUAAGAGGAUCUGAUGGAGAGGCACACCGUGAAUCGACUGGAACAGUAUCAGCCACCAAUGGCAGUAAUGAAGAUCCUGUAGCUGCGGCGGAGGAAAUAGCUUUUUGCAAGGCUUGUGCAAGAUUUGGGCUCGGAUUGUAUCUGUACCAUGAAGAAUGAAUGAAUGAAUGCCAUGCUUAUGCUUGUGCUUAUGCUUGUGCUUAUGCUUGUGCUUAUGCUUGUGCUUAUGCUUAUGCUUAUGCUUAUGCUUAUGCUUAUGCUUCCAACAUGUAUUGAAUUAAAGUUAUUUUGUAGAAAUGGGUAUAAUGUUGGCCCUUCAACUUUAGAAACCUCAUUUCUGUGGUGAAUGUUAUCUGCUCCUUCGGUAUACAAUUGUUUACUUUUGUUGUGCA